UCUGUCAAAUUGCUACUGCUUUUUAAUGGAGCUAUUAUGUAUUUAGUACCUAAUGACAAAUCUAAAGAUGGGACUGACUGAAUAGCACCAAGAGGGAAUGGUAGCUUUGGUAUUAAAUUUAGCUACUUUCUGCAUUUGUUCCAACUGUGUAAUUUUGUAAUGCUGUUUAGUUGUUCUGUUUCUAGUGCUUGCGUCUCAUGCUGUGUGGUUGCCAUUUUGAGUAAACAGGGCAAUGCCCAUAUUUUAAGCUUGUGUGUAAGCAAAUGUGUAUCUGUUAGAAAAUAUGCACACUGCCCUAUUUACACAAAAUUACAAUAGCACUUAUUGGGAAGAUUACUAGGAGUGCUGUCCUGGUAUGUGAGACUGAAUCUUUAACAAUGACUAAAAAGGGUUCUUAUGUAAUCAAAAAUCUGAUAGAUAAUGAAGGGUUUUCUCCCUUUCAGGUGAGAUGUCUGAAAAACUAAACAGAUGCCGGAAGGAGCUAACAGCAGCUAUUGACAGAGCACUGGAAGAUCUCUCAGUUCCACUCCAUCACUCCCCAGAUAGUACCACCAACCUGGACUUCGACUUGCUGACAGUGGAAUCCUUAAUGCCCUCCAGUACAGAGCUCAUUAGUCACAGAGGAGAGCCAACUCUGCCCACUGAAUGUUUCCCUCACCAGCCUUUAACAGAUUCUACUGUUCCAGAAAAAGAGAAUCCUCUUUUCAAGCCAAAUCUCACUCCAUUGAUUAUAACCUCCAACAUUCCUUGUUCAAAACGGGAGCCAUUAAUAAGCAAGGAAAAUACAUAUCUUCACCCUCCAGUUUUCAUGACUACACCCUCCAGUUUUCAAGACAAGCAGUUCUUCAUUGGAAAAAUUGAUGAAAGGCUAGUGAAGCCAGAUGCAAGUGUAAUUGCCACUGAUGCUCCCCUAGAGAGUUCUAAAGAUCUUGCGGAUAUGAGUGGAAAUGCAAUAGUUUGCCCUGAAGAAAAGGUGCAAAGGAAGCCAGAUUUUGAUGACCUACAGCAAAUCAGCAGGUUUUCAAUAGAACUGUUGCCUCCAGAUGAGGCUGCAGCCUUUGGCCAGGAAAUAAGGAGCAGUUUUAAAAAAAUCCUGGAGAACAGCCCAGAGGAUGAAGAGAUCAUUGAAACACUGCUGGAUAUGGAAGAGGAUUACAGACUAAACAGCUCCACCCUGCACUAGGAUGAGGUAAACUGGUGCAAGGUGUGAACUAUUAGAAAGCUCUGAUAAUAAGCAGUACUUCUGAACCACAGCAAUUUUGGCAAACUUCUCUGUUGGGGCAAGUUGUACCAUUAAAAUAAAUGAUU